UUUCCCCGCUCGGUGUGUACACACUUGCGGCAAAAUGCACGUUGAGCAGCAGCAGCACCAAAAGGUAAACAAGGCCAAAAAGGUGGACAAAAAGCAGCGACGAUGUCUGGCGAUAAUCAAAAGCGACUGUGAGGUGAUCCCAAGUGAGGAACCCACCACCUACCUGGCUAUCCUCAACGUGGGACUCAGCAAUGGACUCACCGAGGAGUGCCUACUUCUGGCGGCGGCAAGCACAGGUGGCAAAGUCGCCGAAGUGGUCAUGCUGCCUGGUAAAUCAUACUGCUUCCUGGUCUGCGCCACUCUGGAGGACGCGCAGGCGGUAUACCAGGGCAUGAACAGCAUCUCCAAAAUAGGACAACAGGGAGCUGUGGCCUAUCUUAGUUACGUGAUGGGAUUGCCCGCCCUGGCAAGAAAGAACGAUUGGAAUAGGGCCUUGCCCAGUGGACUUCUGGUACUUCCUGACUUUGUCAGCGAAGAGGAGGAAUCAACGCUCUUGCAGGCCAUUUCUGAGGAUGGACGAACCUCUGAAGGAAGUUUAAAGCACAGACAUGUUAAGCACUUUGGGUUCGAGUUUCUGUACGGCGUCAAUAAUGUGGAUCCGGCAAAACCAUUGGAGCAGUCAAUACCGUCGGCAUGUGAUAUUCUUUGGCCGCGCCUGGAAAGCUCCGCUUCCAAGUGGGACUGGAGUACGCCGGACCAGUUGACGGUGAAUGAAUACGAGCCGGGACACGGCAUACCUCCUCAUGUGGACACGCACAGUGCCUUCUUAGAUCCCAUUCUAUCGUUGUCCCUGCAAUCCGAUGUGGUGAUGGACUUUCGACGCGGAGAGGAGCUGGUUCAGGUGAGAUUGCCCCGUCGUUCCCUGCUGAUUAUGUCCGGAGAGGCACGUUACGAUUGGACUCAUGGCAUCAGACCGAAGCACAUUGAUGUAGUACCCAGUGCAUCCGGAGGCUUGACCACUCAGGCUCGCGGAAAGAGAACUUCUCUCACUUUUCGGCGCCUGCGAAGAGGACCCUGCUCCUGUUCAUAUCCCACGCUAUGUGACACGAGACAAACCAAAGCCCCAGAGGAGCUAUCCGCCACGUUGGCUGCCCAGGCUGUAAGCCUGGAACAGCGGAAUGUCCACGAGGUGUACGACAAGAUAGCAGAUCACUUCAGCGAAACGAGGCACUCGCCUUGGCCUCAAGUUGCCGAUUUCCUUAACUCCUUUCAUCCUCAGUCUGUGGUGCUUGACGUAGGUUGCGGAAAUGGGAAGUAUCUGGGAUGCAAUCCGCUACUCCUGGCCAUUGGCUGCGACCGCGCCCAAGGUCUGCUCGCCGUGGGACGUCGAAAGGGACAGAAUGUCUUUCGGUGCGACUGCCUCAGUGUACCGGUGCGCUCUGCCAGCGUCGAUGGCUGCAUCAGUAUAGCCGUUAUCCAUCACCUGGCCACAGGAGAGCGUCGGCUGGCUGCUCUUCGUGAGAUGGCACGCGUCCUGCGACCUGGGGGACGUGCUUUAGUUUACGUUUGGGCCAAAGAUCAACGAAAGAAUGACAAGAAGUCCACUUACCUGCGGCAAAAUAAAGCUGUUAAUAAGGAGCGCACCACCGAACAGGAGCAGCGUCAGAAGCAGCAGCAGCAACUGGAGCAGCAAGUGCCCGAUGACACUCCACUGCCCGUGCACACCAAUCGCACAGAGUUCCAGCAGCAAGAUGUUUUGGUGCCCUGGAAGACCAAAGAUGAGCAAAAGACCACUUUUUUGCGUUACUAUCAUGUCUUUGAGGAACAGGAACUAGAAAAUCUUGUGUCGCAGCUGCUGGAGGUAAGAAUAAUUAAGAGUUACUACGAUCAAGGCAAUCACUGUGUGAUCUUCGAGAAGAUAGACACAUAGGUAUAUGUAAUUCGUUUAUUUGAUUUCAAAAAAUACACAUUCACACACAGUU